AUGGCGCGUUCAGUCUCGAGGAGCGCUGCGCGCAACACCGAGUCGCCCCCCCAAGACGUCGAGAUCAUCGAUGCCGACGACACCGAGGCCGAGAGCGAGGACGAGUACGAGGUCGAGGCUAUUGUCGCCCACAAGCCCCUGCGCGGGGGAAAGCACCAGUACCUCGUUUCAUGGAAGGGUUACGGACCUGAGCACAACACUUGGGAGCCCCAGGCCAACGUUGAGCACGCCGAGGACAUUGUCAAGAACUACUGGGCCAAGCAGCCAAAGGACCAGAUCGGUGACGUGAGGAAAUCCAAGGCCGCCACGCCCGACUCGACGCAGAGGAAGACCAAGCGUGCCCGUACUUCCGCUGCGGCGCGUGCUGCCACCCCACCAGAGGACGACCUCCAGUACGCCGACACGCACACCGACCCGAUCGGCAAGUACGAGAAGGUUCGCGACUGGGAGCCCCUGGUCAAGUCUAUCGACACCGUUGAGCGUACAUCCGACAACAAGUUGCUCGUCUACAUGACCAUGGUUGAUGGUGACCAGCUCGCGCAGUCGACUGUGGUCACAAACAAGCGCUGCCCCCAGGCCAUGCUUGCGUUUUACGAGUCCCACCUCAAGUGGCGCAACCAGAACUAG